AUGGGUCAAGUUACGGCUAUUCCAGAUGCUACUCAAAGAGGUCAUGCCGCGCAAAUUCGUCAAAUGGAUGAUAACCGAAGCCGCGCAAUGUUAAACAGCGGAGAACGCAAUUUCGUUAAUAGUGUUAUACACGGACGAUCUGAGCUACAUACACCCUCCAUGGAUGCACGUCUGCAGGAUUUAACAACUCGAUUUACUCCAAAUAAUCCUUAUGGUCCUCCGAAUCGUCCAGAUCUUUAG